AUGCCCAAUGUGAUUCGCGCUCUCAAUUGCCGUUUCCAAGUUUCAUCCAAACUUCAGCAGCCGCCGGCCAUGUCGGCAGAGCUCGUUUCCCGGCGACAGCCUGGCGGGGGCAUAUUUCUAGCCUUCCUCUGUUUGCUCUCCCUCGUUGCUCCUCCAUCCAGAGCGGAUGAACAGCUUGAAGCCCUUCUCGGAUUCAAAACCGCUCUGGCAGGAUCAAACACGUCCGUGUUUGAUUCGUGGACUGAUCAAAAUUACGUCUGCGACUUCACCGGAAUCAGCUGCGACGGCAGCCAAAUGGUCAGAGAAAUCAAUCUUCCCAGGCAACGGUUGUCUGGAACUCUUGCUUUUGAGGCCAUUUGCUCGCUUGGAUCGCUGGAGAAAAUUUCUCUGGGUUCGAAUUCCUUGAACGGGAGAAUCGGUGAAGAAUUGGCGAAUUGCACUCGCUUGAAGUACUUGGAUUUGGGUAUGAAUUCGUUCGCCGGAGAAGUGCCCGAUUUGUCGUCUUUAGUCGAGCUGAAGUUUUUGAACUUGAACCAAAGUGGAUUUUCCGGGAAAUUUCCGUGGAAAUCGCUGGAAAAUCUUACGAGACUUGAGUUCUUGAGCCUCGGAGACAACCCAUUUGAUAAAAAUUCGUUUCCUCUGGAGGUGUUGAAUAUGAAGAAACUAUAUUGGCUCUACCUAUCCAAUUGCAGUCUUGAAGGGCAAAUUCCUGAAGGAAUCGGGAACCUCACGCUGCUUCAAAACCUCGAGCUUUCCGACAACCUAUUUUUCGGGAAAAUUCCGAGGGGAAUCACGAAGCUGAAGCAACUCUGGCAGCUCGAGCUCUACGACAAUGAUUUCGCCGGAGAGAUUCCCGUCGGGUUCAGGAAUCUCACCAAUCUCGUCAAAUUCGACGCUUCAGCUAACAAUCUAGAAGGAGACCUCUCGGAGCUCAAGUACUUGACACAACUAGAAUCGUUGCAGCUGUUUGAGAACCGAUUCUCCGGCGAAAUUCCUGCGGAAUUUGGAUAUUUCAAGUCUCUCCUGGGACUUUCUCUGUACACGAACAGGCUCACAGGUUCUCUUCCUCCAAAGAUUGGUUCUUGGGCAGACUUUAAUUUCAUCGACGUCACCGGAAACUUCUUGACUGGUCCGAUUCCGGCCGACAUGUGCAAGAAUGGCAAGAUGAUUGAUCUCCUCCUCCUCCAGAACAAGUUCACAGGUGGAAUUCCGGCGAGCUAUGCACACUGCUCGACGUUGGAACGUUUACGGGUAAACAACAAUUCACUCUCCGGCGUAGUCCCAGCCGAAAUUUGGAGCCUGCCAAAUUUAUCCAUAAUUGAUCUCACUGGGAACCAAUUUGAAGGUCCGGUGGCUGCCACCAUCGGCGGGGCAGAGUCUUUAGCCCAGCUGUUUCUAGCUUACAACAGAUUUUCCGGCGAGUUACCGGCCUCACUCUCAAAUACCACAUCUUUGGUCGCCAUUGAUAUGAGCUACAACCAGUUUUCCGGCGAAAUUCCGGCCUCAAUCGGCAAUUUGAAGAGACUUAGCAGCAUUCAUCUAGAGAGCAACUUGUUUUCUGGCACUAUCCCAGAGUCAUUAGGCUCGUGUUCUUCUCUUAGUGAGCUGAACCUCGCCUGCAAUUCAUUCUCCGGCGUAAUCCCGGCGAGUAUAGGCUCUGUACUCAGCCUGAACUCCUUAAACUUAUCCGACAACAAGCUUUCCGGCCAAAUCCCGGCUAGUUUAUCUUCACUAAGAUUUAGCCUUCUCGAUUUGUCGAACAACAGAUUGGUUGGCCCUAUACCGGAAUCUUUAUCCAUUGAAGCGUACAGUAAAAGCUUCGCCGGAAACCCAGGACUUUGCAAUGGGAAGCUCAGGAACUUCCGGUCAUGUUCGUCGGAUUCAAACGAUUCAAGCAGUAUCCGGACAAAGGUGUCUUGCUUCGUCGCCGGAGCAACUGUCUUGUUUGUCUCUCUAGCUUGUUUCAUGUAUGUGAAGUAUAAAACCAAAGGCAGAGAUCAGAACCGUCCUAUCAAGAGCGAUGGCUCUUGGAAUAUGAAACAGUUCCAUGUUCUGAGCUUCACGGAAGAAGAAGUGAUGGACGGAAUCAGAACGGAGAAUUUGAUCGGAAAAGGCGGGUCCGGUAACGUGUACAGAGUUGUUCUAAGGUGCGGAAAGCAACUGGCGGUGAAGCACAUUUGGAAGCCUGAGUCCGAUGACCGGAGGAUCUGCAGGAGUAGCGCCGCCAUUCUGGCAAAGGGCGGCCGCCGGUGGCCGGAAUUCGACGCCGAGGUGGCGACUCUGAGCUCCGUCCGGCACGUGAACGUGGUGAAACUGUACUGCAGCAUCACGAGCGAGGAUUCAAAUCUUCUGGUUUAUGAAUAUCUUCCCAAUGGAAGUUUGUGGGACCGGAUGCAUACAGGCCGAAAAAUGGAGAUGGACUGGGACGUCAGGUAUGAGAUCGCGGUGGGUGCUGCCAGGGGGUUGGAAUAUCUCCACCAUGGCUGUAAUAGGCCAGUGAUACAUCGCGACGUUAAAAGUAGUAACAUUCUGCUGGACGAGGAGAUGAAGCCGAAGAUUGCGGAUUUCGGGCUGGCGAGAGUUGCUCCGGCAAACGACAUUAUGGACUCCACACUGGUGAUCGCCGGGACUCUCGGUUACAUCGCUCCAGAAUACGCGUACACGUGCAAGGUGAACGAGAAGAGCGAUGUGUACAGCUUCGGGGUGGUUUUGAUGGAGCUGGUGACCGGAAAAAGGCCAGUAGAGGCGGAGUUCGGCGAGGACAGGGACAUAGUCCAAUGGGUGUGCGGCCAAAUGAGGAGCCACAACGGCGUGCUUCACUUGGUAGAUGCUGCCAUCUCGGAGGACCUAAAAGAAAGCGCGGCCACCGUGCUAAGCAUCGCUCUCCACUGCACCAUGAAGACGCCGGCUCUCCGGCCGUCGAUGAGGGCGGUGGUGCAGAUGUUGGAAGAGGCAAAGCCUCUAGAGUUGAGGGAAGUCGUUGUCAAUAAAGGCUAGAAGGUGGGCCAGACUGAAGACUUCUUAUUCAAAAAUUUCU